CACACCGGCCGCCGUUCUCGCAGACAGCGGCUGAAGCAGCCCCGCUGGAAGGAGACUCCUGCGAUUCGAAGAUAUAAAAUGGGACGUCGAUCCUGCCCGUCAUGCCGUUCUCCCGAAGCACCGACGGACGGGGACGUGACUCGGAGUAGUCUGUGACCUCUGGCGGUCGUCUGCGCCGGCCCGCUCCCCAAGAGGCCGAGACCGCUCCCUUCGGGGCGAACGCAGCCCCGGUCGGUGCCGGAUUUUCAAGAUGACCGAUCCCAUGAUGGACUUCUUCGACGAGGCCAACCUCUUCGGCGAGACGCUGGAAGGUUUGUCCGACUCCUUCGUCCAGCCGGGCCCGGUCUCGCUGGUGGACGAACUGAACCUGGGCGCGGAAUUUGAACCUCUGCACAUCGACGCGCUGAACCCCGUCCAGGAUGCCCCGUCCCAGCCCAAGAUGAGCGACUUCGAGCCGUUGAGUCAGUUCGAUUCCCUGAAACUUCACCAAGUGAACCGGUCCUUCAGCGGCCCCGCCGAAAACGUGCUGUCGCCCCACUCUCAGUUUAAUUGCUCCCCUCUGCACCCCCAGAACCAGCCCAACGGUCUGUUUCCCGACGUCGCGGACGGCAGCCCCAUGUGGGGCCACCAGACGGCCGCGGGCGUCCCCAGUCAGAACGGCUCUCCUUUCCACCAGCCGGGCCACUCCCGGCCUCUGCAGCCGGAUAAAAGCUUCGUGGCACAUCACGACUUUGCCUUGUUUCAGGCCAACGACCAGCAACAGUCGCCUUGCCCCCCGCUCCGGGCUCAGCGAAGCCGAAACACCCUCCACGCGGGGCGGGACUCCCUGAGCCAGCAGAAAACCUUCCUGGAGGUUUCCGCCGCCCACCGAGCCGGGGUCACCCACCCCUCUCAGAUGGCGAAUCCUUCGACUUCCCAGCAGCCCCUCUCGGGGCCCCAGUUUUCUCAGACGGGCAACGCUUCCAUGCACUUCUGCGGAAAUCACCAGGAAGGGAAUUUCAACGGGCAGUCUCCGAACAUGACUCCUUGCUCCGUCGGCAAUUCCCAACCGUUUUCUUCGCAUUAUUCCUUCUCCGGUAACCACAUUUCUCCUAAUAGCCUGCUCCAGCCCUCGACGGCUCUGGUGGCCAGCCACCCGGCCCACGCCCUGUCCGAUUUUCCCGGGGGCGGCGGCUUCCCGGGCCAGGCGGGGACCAAGCAAGAACCCCCCCAGCACAUCCUGAACCCGAACGCCUCUUUGAAUUCCAACAGUUUCCCCCUGUUGCAUCCGGCCCACCCUCGGAGUAACUUCAGCGGUUCCAAGCUGUCUCCCGUGCACAUGAAUUUCUCGGACCCUGUGGGCUCCGCUUCUCAGAUGGGUCACUUCGACGAUCACGUAGAGACCAAUGGGUUCUCCUCCCUGGAAGAGAACUUGCUCCAUCAAGUGGAGUCUCAAGGCGAGCCGUUCACGGGGCUCGAUCCGGAAGACCUGCUGCAGGAGGGGCUCCUCCCUCAGUUUGACGAUUCGGCAUUCGGGCAAGAGACUUCGAACCACGCGCUGGAUCACGAGCUCGAGCGGCAGCUCGCCCCUCAGCAUGCGACCCGGGCUCCUGACGUGGCCCGAGCCCUCUCGCAGAAUCAGGCCCAUUCCUGGCCCUCCUCCGUUUCCAACCACCAGCCCUCGCACGAGCGAAAUCGCGCGCCUGUACAGCGGCAGCCUCCCUCGUCCAAGAAGACCGAUGGUUCUGGAGUAUUUACUAAGUUGCCGAAUACCCAGGUGAGGGCCAUGUCAGAGAAGAAACAGAAAAAAAAGGUGGAAUCCGAAAGCAAGCAAGAAAAGGCCAAUCGAAUAAUAUCAGAGGCAAUCGCGAAAGCCAAGGAGAGAGGGGAGCGAAACAUUCCACGGGUAAUGAGCCCCGAAAACUUCCCCAGCGUGUCCACUGAAGGAAAAGAGGAAAAGAAAGGUAGAAGGAUGAAAUCCAAGCCAAAGGACAAGGAAGGCAAGAAAACAAAAACGGUUUCUUCAUCUAAAUUAAAAGAUAAGACGAAAAUCGGCAAGCUCAUUAUAACGCUGGGGAAGAAGCAGAAACGAAAGAAUGAGUCUUCAGAUGAACUGUCUGAUACUGAGCAAACUCCACAACGUCCAUUUAAAGAUGAGGAUGCGCAGAAGAGAAGAUCCAAUCGUCAAGUUAAAAGAAAAAAAUAUGCCGAAGAUGCAGAAGGGAAACAGUCAGAGGAAGAAGUGAAAGUUUCUGGGAAAAUCAAAAAGAGCUCGGCCCCUUUACCAGCUGAACAGCCCUUGCAGUUAUUUGUGGAAAAUCCAAGUGAAGAAGAUGCUGCAAUUGUAGACAAAAUUUUGUCUUCUAGGAUCGUUAAGAAGGAGAUUUCCACUGGAAUGAUGAUUGAAGCGGAAGAAUUUUUUGUGAAAUACAAGAAUUACUCCUAUCUUCACUGCGAGUGGGCCACUGAACAACAGCUUUUGAAAGAUAAAAGGAUCCAGCAGAAAAUCAAACGAUUCAAGUUGAGACAAGCACAAAGAGCACAUUUUUUUGCAGAUGUGGAAGAAGAACCUUUCAAUCCAGACUAUGUUGAAGUAGACAGAGUGUUGGAAGUCUCAUUUUGUGAAGAUAAGGACACUGGUGAGCCUGUUAUUUACUACUUAGUAAAAUGGUGCUCGUUGCCAUAUGAAGACAGCACAUGGGAAUUAAAAGAAGAUGUAGAUCAGGCAAAAAUAGAGGAGUUUGAGCAACUGCAAGCUUCCCGGCCUGAUUCGAGACGUUUGGACCGUCCUCCUUCAAACACCUGGAAUAAAAUCGAACAGUCCAGGGAAUACAAAAAUGGAAACCAGCUCAGGGAAUACCAACUGGAAGGACUCAACUGGCUCUUGUUCAAUUGGUACAAUAGACGAAACUGCAUUUUAGCAGAUGAAAUGGGGCUUGGCAAAACCAUUCAGUCAAUUACAUUCCUCUACGAAAUCCUUCUGACGGGUAUACGAGGGCCUUUCCUGAUCAUCGCUCCGCUUUCUACUAUCACAAACUGGGAGAGAGAAUUUCGCACGUGGACUGAUCUUAAUGUUGUGGUAUAUCAUGGGAGCCUGGUGAGCAGGCAGAUGAUACAGCAAUAUGAGAUGUACUUCAGGGAUUCACAGGGACGAAUCAUUCGAGGAGCAUACAGGUUCCAAGCCAUUAUCACCACUUUUGAAAUGAUCCUUGGUGGCUGUGGGGAGCUCAAUGCAAUUGAAUGGCGAUGUGUGAUCAUUGAUGAAGCACACAGGUUGAAGAAUAAAAAUUGUAAACUCCUGGAAGGACUCAAACUCAUGAACCUGGAACACAAAGUACUUUUGACGGGAACACCACUUCAGAACACAGUUGAAGAGCUGUUCAGUCUUCUUCAUUUCCUCGAACCUUUGCGGUUUCCCUCCGAAUCGACCUUCAUGCAAGAAUUUGGGGACCUUAAAACAGAGGAGCAGGUGCAAAAGCUGCAAGCUAUCCUGAAACCAAUGAUGUUGAGACGAUUGAAAGAGGACGUAGAAAAGAAGUUGGCUCCUAAGGAGGAAACCAUUAUCGAAGUAGAACUUACAAAUAUUCAGAAGAAAUAUUACCGGGCCAUCCUGGAGAAGAACUUUGCGUUUUUGUCGAAAGGAGCGGGGCAGGCGAAUGUGCCUAACUUAGUUAACACCAUGAUGGAACUCAGAAAGUGCUGCAACCAUCCGUAUCUUAUCAAAGGGGCUGAAGAGAAAAUUCUUGGAGAAUUUAGAGAAACGCACAGUCCAACUGCUCCUGAUUUUCAUCUGCAAGCAAUGGUGCAAUCUGCUGGUAAAUUGGUCCUCAUAGAUAAACUUCUUCCCAAAAUGAAAGCAGGGGGACACAAAGUGCUUAUCUUCUCUCAGAUGGUGCGCUGCCUUGAUAUUCUGGAGGACUAUCUCAUUCAUAAGAGAUACCUCUAUGAACGAAUCGAUGGACGAGUCAGAGGGAAUCUGCGACAGGCCGCUAUAGACCGGUUUAGUAAACCGGAUUCGGACCGCUUUGUGUUUCUUCUGUGUACCAGAGCUGGUGGACUGGGGAUUAAUUUAACAGCAGCUGAUACAUGUAUAAUUUUUGAUUCUGAUUGGAAUCCUCAAAAUGACUUACAGGCCCAAGCUCGUUGCCACCGGAUUGGUCAGAACAAAGCAGUGAAAGUCUACAGAUUAAUAACCCGUAAUUCGUAUGAGAGAGAAAUGUUUGAUCGGGCGAGUCUGAAACUGGGCCUCGAUAAGGCAGUCUUGCAGAGCAUGAGUGGAAGAGAAAGUAGCAUUGGUGGUAUUCAACAGCUUUCUAAAAAGGAAAUAGAAGACCUACUUCGAAGAGGGGCAUAUGGUGCCAUUAUGGAUGAAGAGGAUGAAGGCUCUAAAUUCUGUGAAGAAGAUAUUGACCAAAUUCUACAACGCCGAACAAAAACUAUCACAAUUGAGUCGGAAGGCAGAGGUUCAACAUUUGCCAAGGCUAGUUUCGUUGCAUCUGGGAAUCGGACAGAUAUCUCAUUAGACGAUCCCAACUUCUGGCAGAAGUGGGCCAAGAAGGCAGAAAUAGAUAUAGAUGCCCUCAGUGGCAGAAACAGCUUAGUUAUCGACACUCCCAGGAUUAGAAAACAGACGAGGCCCUUCAGUGCCACAAAGGACGAAUUGGCUGAAUUAUCUGAAGCAGAAAGUGAAGGCGAUGAUAAACCCAAACUCCGUAGGCCUUGUGACCGCUCCAAUGGCUAUGGAAGAACAGAAUGCUUUCGGGUGGAGAAAAACUUACUAGUUUAUGGGUGGGGGAGAUGGAGAGAAAUUUUAUCCCAUGGUCGCUUCAAAAGGCAACUAAACGAGCAGGACGUAGAAAUUAUUUGCCGAGCCCUUUUAGCAUAUUGCCUCGUUCACUACCGAGGAGAUGAGAAGAUUAAAAGUUUCAUCUGGGACCUCAUUACCCCAACCGAGGACGGGCAGACGAGGGAGUUGCAGAAUCAUCUGGGUCUUUCAGCUCCUGUACCGAGGGGUCGAAAAGGGAAGAAAGUGAAGACUCAAGCAAGCACAUUUGAUAUUCAUAAAGCAGAGUGGCUUCGGAAGUACAAUCCUGAACAUUUACUUCAAGAUGAAGGCUAUAAAAAACACAUAAAGCACCACUGUAAUAAGGUUUUGCUGCGAGUGAGGAUGCUGUAUUAUUUAAAACAAGAAGUCAUUGGGAACGAGUGUCAGAAAGUAUUUGAUGGAGUUGAUGCAAGUGACAUUGACGUUUGGAUUCCUGAGCCUGACCAUUCUGAGGUCCCUGCUGAAUGGUGGGACACUGAUGCAGAUAAAUCACUCCUUAUUGGCGUUUUUAAGCAUGGUUAUGAAAAGUACAAUACGAUCAGAGCGGACCCGGCACUGUGUUUUUUGGAACGGGUGGGAAAGCCUGAUGAGAAAGCAGUUGCUGCCGAACAGAGAGCGAAUGACUACAUGGAUGGGGACGUGGAAGAUCCAGAAUACAAACCAGCCCCGGCUAUGUUUAAAGAUGAUUUAGAGGAUGAUGUGUCAUCUCCGGGAGAUCUUGUAAUAGCCGAUGGAGAUGGUCAAGUGAUGGAAGGAGACAAAAUUUAUUGGCCUACGCAGUCUGCCCUAACCACCCGUUUGCGCCGCCUCAUCACGGCCUAUCAGCGAACUAGUAAGAACAGACAAGCCCAGCAGGUCCAGCCAGCUUUCUUGGUGCAGGCCAGUGUGAUGCAGCCUCCCUACGAAGAAGCUGUUCUGAACCCUAAAAUGGCCGCCAAGAUCGAACGACAGCAGAGAUGGACAAGACGAGAAGAAGCUGACUUUUAUAGAGUCGUAUCUACAUUUGGAGUGGUGUUCGACCCUGACAGAGGGCGGUUUGACUGGACAAAAUUCAGAGCCAUGGCUAGGCUCCACAAAAAAACGGACGAGAGUUUGGAGAAAUACCUGUAUGCGUUUAUGUCGAUGUGCAGGAGAGUCUGUCGCCUUCCUUCAAAAGAAGAAUCGGUGGACCCGAGCAUCUUCAUCCAGCCGAUCACAGAGGAACGUGCUUCGAGGACUUUGUACCGCAUCGAGCUCCUCAGGAAGGUCCGGGAACAGGCUCUCCGACACCCACAGCUGUUCGAACGCCUAAAGCUCUGCCAGCCGAAUCCAGACUUACCCGUCUGGUGGGAAUGUGGCCCUCACGACAGGGAUUUACUCAUCGGAGCUGCUAAACACGGGGUUAGCAGGACAGACUAUCACAUCCUCCGAGACCCCGAGCUCUCGUACAUGACGGCUCAGAGGAACUACAGUCAGAACAAAGUGGCCCAUUCGCGGACGUCGACGCCCCUUUUGCAGCAGUAUCAGAUGGCCCUGGCGGCUUCUCCUCUUACUCCUCAACCUCGGCCGCCGGAUACGAAAGGGAAUCCGCUCGAGGAGCCGAAGGUUAAAAAUGAGACUCUGAAGGAGGAGCCCCCGUCUUCUGAAGCGGAAUCUCUGUCUUCCGAGGAAACCAGGACAGUAAUGAAAUCUGAACCAUUGAGCCCCAAGAAUGGUGUGUGGUCACAGACUCCUGCAGAUCAGAAAUCUAGUGGGAAAGUUGAAACAGACAGGCGCAUGGUCGCAGCAAGGACAGAACCCCUAACUCCAAACCCAGCUUCCAAGAAACAGAGAGUCAGCAAGAGAGGAUCAGAAUCCAGCUCUGAUUCAGACUCUGAUUCUGACAGAUCAUCCUGUUCUUCUAGGUCAUCCUCUUCCUCCUCCUCCUCCUCUUCCUCCUCUUGUUCCCACUCUCGAUCAGGAUCCAGCUCUUCAUCCUCCUCAUCUUGUUCUUCAGCCUCUUCAUCAUCAUCCUCUUCGUCUUCAUCCUCUUCUUCUUCGUCUUCCUCCUCAGAGGAGAGUGACAGUGAGGAAGAGGAAGCACAAAAACGAGAAGGCCCUCCUCACAUGAAAGCGGAUGAUGAAGAGAGCGUGGCCUCCCUGAGUACCAUACAAGACGAGACCCAGGAUAGUUUCCAGUUGAACAACGGAACGCCAAGUCCUGCUUACCUCCUGCAAGGAGGGUACAUGCUAGCUGCCUCUUACUGGCCAAAGGAUCGAGUGAUGAUCAACCGGCUGGAUAGCAUCUGCCAAACAGUCCUGAAAGGGAAGUGGCCUUCAGCGAGAAGGAAUUACGACAGCAAUACGGUGGCCUCUUUCUAUACCACUAAACUCCUGGACAGCCCCGGGGCGGCCGCAGACUACAGCGAGCCCAGCGUUCCGACCCCACCAAGCACAGGGGUCAGAGAAGAACACGAUCAGUCGUCACAGAUGUCAAAGGUGAAGAAGCAUGUACGAGAAAAGGAGUUUACAGUGAAAAUCAAUGACGAAGGUGGCUUGAAGUUGACUUUUCAAAAGCAGGGGCUUUCUCAGAAAAGGCCGUUUGAGAGUGAAGAAGGCGCCUUGGGUCAACAGCAGUAUCUAGCCCGCCUGCGAGAGCUCCAGAACGAUUCAGAGACCAGCCUUGUCAAUUUUCCAAAAUCCAUGCCAGUGUCAGGUACUUCCAGUCAAUUAACCGUUAGUGCUAAUGGAGUAAUAUUAGAUAACCAGCCCCUAGUCAAAAAGAGGCGAGGAAGAAGGAAGAAUGUGGAGAGAGUUAACAUCCUCUUUUUAAACAGAAAUAAACCUCCUAAUCAUAUCACUCCAGGCAUCGGCACCUCCCAGGUCGUUCCAGGCAUAAACCCAGCAUUGUCUUACCCUCAUGCUCAAGGGAUGCUGGAUGUCGAAAGUCCCGUUCCGGUUAUUAAUCUGAAAGAUGGGAUGAGGCUGGCAGGCGAUGAUGCACCCAAAAGGAAGGAUUUGGAAAAGUGGCUUAAGGAACACCCAGGUUAUGUGGAAGAUUUAGGAGCAUUUAUUCCUAGAAUGCAGCUUCAUGACGGGAGACCUAAACAGAAAAGACAUCGUUGCAGAAACCCCAACAAACUGGAUGUCAAUAGCCUCACAGGAGAGGAACGUGUCCAGCUGAUUAAUAGAAGAAAUGCCAGAAAGGUGGGAGGCGCAUUUGCUCCUCCUUUGAAGGAUCUGUGUAGAUUCUUGAAAGAAAAUCCCGAGUACGGAGUAGCACCUGAAUGGGGAGACGUGGUCAAGCAAUCAGGCUUUCUUCCUGAAAGCAUGUUUGACCGUAUUCUCACUGGUCCCGUUGUGCGAGAAGAAGUGAGCAGGAGGGGGAGGCGGCCCAAGAGCGAAAUUGCGAAGGCUACAGCCGCGGCCGCGGCGGCUGCCACGGCGGCAAACGUAUCGGGCAACCCUUUACUAGCCAAUGGACUCCUCCCCGGGGUGGACCUGUCAACUCUCCAGGCCUUACAACAAAACCUGCAAAACCUGCAGUCCCUGCAAGUGACUGCAGGCCUGAUGGGAAUGCCCGCCAACCUGCCUUCUGGAGGAGAAGCGAAAAACAUGGCUGCUAUGUUUCCCAUGCUCCUCUCGGGGAUGGCCGGAUUACCGAACCUGCUGGGCAUGGGGGGGCUCCUGACCAAGCCCACGGAGCCCGGCUCAGAAGAGAAGAAGGGCAACGACUCGAAGGAGCCAGAAGGCAGGAAAGACAGGACAGAAAGCCAAAAUGCUGAUAACGGCGGGGAAAACUCCGUGUCAAGUUCGCCUUCGACGUCCUCCGCCGCUGCGCUAAAUGCCGCCGCAGCUGCCAACCCCUUAGCUCUUAACCCCUUACUGUUAUCCAAUAUACUUUAUCCAGGGAUGCUUCUCACUCCAGGCCUUAAUCUUCAUAUCCCAGCUUUGUCUCAAACCAAUAUUUUUGAUGUACAGAACAGCAAAAACAGUGACUUAGGCUCCAGCAAGCCUGUGGAGGAAAAGGAGGAAGAUUCCAGGGUGAGAGAUCAGGAGGACAAAGGGGGGACCGCCCCAAGUUCUCUCCACGAAAACAGCACAGAUGAGGGUUCAGAGAAAGCAGAUGCUUCAUCCGGAUCCGACAGUACGUCGUCGUCCUCUGAGGAUUCAGAUUCUAGCAAUGAAGACUGACUCCCCUUCCCCCCCUCCCCCCCAGACUCUGCACUUAAAUUAUGAACUGAUUUUGAAUUUAUUCUUUAAUUAUUUCAUUGUAAAUACCCCAGUGUCGAGUGCAUCGAUAAUUUACUGACCGAACAUUUCAGUAUUUGUUUAGAAGUGCAAACUGCUUUCAGAGACGUUUUGCAUGUAAUAUUUCUUGAGAUUCCUAAGUUUCUGAACUUGUAUGUACUAUCAAAUACACAAUGGUGUAAAAUUACAACAAAAGGCAUUAUAAUUUUGUUGGGGGGUUAAUUUUAUGGAAAUUAUGCUCAAGAAGAGCUGUAUAUUUAAUAUAUUUGCAGUGAACACAGAAUACUUUAUGCACAUUAUUGAUUUAAUUUGAAUAUAGUUUUACAGCCUCCUUGACACUUAUAAUUUACAGAUCAAAACUCAGCAAUAAUUUGGGCAGCUAAUGAAUGUCAUGAAAGCUGUAGAAUCUACAUCACCAUCCAUUGCUUUAAUUACAUGAAAUGCUCUAGUGUUGUGAUGCACUGCUGAUGUUUCCAAAAUUCAGGUACAAGCGUGUUUAAAAGAAGAGAAAAGUUUCCCAAUCAGCCAAUUAAACUGGCUAUCUGUUACCUCAGCUGAGUUAGUUUAGGAAGUUUACAUUCGUUUCUAAUUCUCUACUUGUUUUCAGGGUUUUUAAAGAAAAAACACACCCCUUACACCAUUUUAAUCUGGCAAAGAGAUACGACUCGCUUUUGCUCAGUCUAACCUCUCUAUUCGAUUUCACUGAAGGCAAGUCAGCCUAAAAAAAAAAAAAAAUCCUCUGCCAACUGCCUUUGGCACCUGGUGGUCAUCUUCAAUGUAAACUUUUCCAAAAAGUUUGGGUUCCUUCCAGAAAACCACAUCUAGGUUAUAAGUAGCGUCCGUUCUCUCGGUUCAGAAGAGGCAAACUCGGUAAGUGCCAUUGAAGAGAACUUUCAGUAUUGCAUACUUCAUGGAAAAGAAACGUGUUUGUUUGCUUUGUUUGUGUAGAUUUCUAUUUGUGUUUUAUGUCAUGGAAACCUCCCGAAAUGACCAGAUAAUAGUGGUAAAGAGAAAAACUCAUAGUCUAAAUUCAUUUUUAGUUUUUUAGAUUUAAUCAGACUAAACGUUGCCCAGAAUCCAUGUUGGGUUAUCAGUUCAUAUAAAAUAUGCUGAGUUGCCCAGUUUGAAAAUGCACUUUGAAUAGUAACAAAAGGAAAUACAGAUCCCCGUCAACCAAAACAGAGCCCAAGGCUUCUGUUUGUCCUUAGAAGAACCCUUUACUCUAAAACAUCCGUCCAGUAUUUGAUGUGUGAUUUGACUCCUUCUGCUGAAGCUGCUAUUACUCUGACAUGGUAGAGGUCCAGGUUCACACUCAAAUAGAUCCAAAUUCACUGGGACUGAAAUUGAGUUUAGGCAGCAUCCGAGGUCCGAGAAGAGGCAAAUGUUGGUACGAGCGUAAGUCGAUGAUAAACUCUGCAAGGGGAUAAAUUGGGGGAGGAUAAAACAUCAUCGAUGAAAUAAACCCCUGUGUGUUUUGAUGUAGCUCUGUUCCUCGCGUAUACCGUGAACCAUAUUGGAUUUUAUUCAGACCUUUACCGAUACGUUGUAUGUUUCCAUGUACGAAAUAAUUAAACCCCAGGAUUGGAACAGGAGUAUUGUUCAUGGGUCCGCAGAACCAUAUCUUUGGUUCCAUUGGGUUUUUGUGGUGUUUGCCGUCUUUUCCUGCAAUAGUCUUUUAAUUUGAUGACCCUUUAUGCAAUCUCUUAGCAAUAGUGACUAUUGUACCCUGCCAAGGAAGGGGAAUAGCAAUUAUUCAUCAUGAAAGGAUAUCUUGCAUAUUCAAUAUGUUUCCCUUUGCAGUAUUGCACUUUUGUUUGACUAGAGUACACCGAUGAAAUAGCCAAAGUUUUUCAAACACAAUUAACUUAGUUUGCCGAUGGAGUAUUUCAACACCAUCAGUCCCCCCGCCUCCCUCCCCGUGUCUUCCCCACUUCCUUCUUGCCAUCUCCUCCUCUCCUCUCCACCCCCCACCAUGAAAAAGUCCUAAAACCUGUCGCUAGAACUUAAUUUAUAUCAAAUUUAUGAGAUAAAGUAUUUUCCUAAUUAUGGUCGAGUGAGUUUGGUUAACAUCCUAGUGAUUCUCUUUCUAUGUAAUAAGGCAAUUACAGUUUUCAAAGCAUUAAAGCUAAUAUCAACUCUGAACAUAGUCUAUUGGGUUUCAAGACGUAUUUUUCAAUUGGUAUCGAUUGGGGGAAAAGUUGUUUAGUUGUCAGCUAAACGAGCAAAAGUGGUUGUAUAAAGUUUUGGGUUCUGAGGAAAAUUCAGUAGAAUUACACUAAUACUGAAGUUACCGUUGAAAAGAUAUCCAAGUGUGUGUUGAUAGUUACUAAAAGAAGUAUAGCUGUUAUUGCCUUGUAUUUAUAUCCCUUGUUUCAGCCUUCAUGAUCUGAGUCUUAGUCCAGUUUUUCUUUUGGACAUUUGCAAUAUUUGCCAGUUGUGUUCUGUGUAGUCUGAAUUUGCUUUCUGUAGUUGAACAAGCGUCUUAAAAAGUCAUUUGUAAUUUAUUGAAUUACUUUCUAUGAUGUUCUAUAGAGCAAAUGGAAGUUUAAUUAUUUUUUAUUAAACAUAUUCUUUGACUACC